AUGGCACCAAAGAAGAAGAAUGUGAAAAAGAACAAAGCAGAUAUCAAUGAAAUGACCAUCAUCGUGGAAGAUGGCCCCCUAAGCAAACUAAAUGGCUUGAAUGGACUCYUAGAGGGAGGAAAUGGUUUCAGCUGUAUCUCAUCUGAAGUUUCUGACUCGUCAUAUAGCCCAAAUCUCUUGGAAGGUCUAAGCAGAAUGAGACAAGAAAAUUUUCUUUGUGACUUGACUAUCAGCACCAAAACCAAAUCUUUCAAUGUUCACAAGGUAGUGAUGGCUUCAUGCAGUGACUACUUUCACAACAUCCUAAAGAAGGAUCCAACCACGCAUAGGGUAGACCUCAAUGAUGUAUCCCCGUUGGGUCUAGCUACUGUUAUCACCUAUGCUUAUACUGGAAAACUUACUCUCUCACUUUAUACAAUAGGUAGUAUUAUUUCCACGGCAAUCUAUCUUCAAAUUCAUACUCUUGUGAAGAUGUGYUGUGAUUUUCUAAUCCAAGAAAUCAGUGUGGAGAACUGCAUGUACGUUGCCAAUAUUGCAGAAACAUACGGACUAAAAACAACCAAAGAAGCAGCACACAAAUUUAUUAGAGACAACUUCAUUGAAUUUUCAGAAACGGAUCAGUUCUUGAAACUUACUUAUGAUCAGAUUAAYGAACUUCUUGCAGAUGAUGACUUGCAGUUGCCUUCUGAAAUUGUUGCAUUCCAAAUUGCAAUCAAGUGGCUAGAAUUUGACCAAAAAAGAGUUAAGUUUGCUGCAGAUCUUUUAGGUAACAUCCGUUUUGGUACCAUCUCUGCUCAAGACCUCGUGAAUUACGUUCAAACCGUACCAAGAAUGAUGCAAGAUGCAGACUGCCAUAAACUGCUAGUGGAUGCCAUGAAUUACCAUUUGCUUCCCUAUCAUCAGAAUACAUUGCAGUCCAGAAGAACAAGGAUCCGGGGAGGUUUCAGAGUGUUAGUUACUGUCGGGGGACGCCCUGCACUAACAGAAAAGUCUCUUAGCCGUGACAUCUUAUACAGGGAUCCCGAAAAUGGAUGGAAGAAGCUUAGUGAAAUGCCUGCCAAGAGUUUUAAUCAAUGCGUGACAGUGAUGGAUGGAUUUCUGUAUGUCGCCGGUGGGGAAGACCAGAACGAUGCCAGGAACCAAGCCAAGCAYGCGGUCAGCAAUUUCUGCAGGUACGACCCUCGCUUCAACACAUGGAUCCACCUGGCCAGCAUGCUCCAGAAGCGCACCCACUUCAGCCUGAACGUCUUCAACGGCCUCCUCUUCGCCGUGGGYGGCCGCAACUCCGAGGGCUGCCUCUCCUCCGUCGAGUGCUACGUUCCUGCCACCAACCAGUGGCAGAUGAAGGCGCCCCUGGAGGUGCCGCGGUGCUGCCACGCUAGCGCGGUCGUAGAUGGUAGGAUCCUGGUCACGGGCGGCUACAUAAAUAACGCGUAUUCCCGCUCAGUGGCCAUGUACGACCCCUCCAGCGACAGCUGGCAGGAUAAGUCCAGCCUGAGCACUCCGAGGGGCUGGCACUGCGCCGUGUCCCUCCUGGAGAGGGUCUACGUCAUGGGCGGCUCGCAGCUGGGCGGGCGAGGGGAGCGGGUGGACGUGCUGCCCGUGGAGUGCUACAGCCCCUACACGGGGCAGUGGAGCUACGCGGCGCCCCUGCAGACCGGCGUCAGCACCGCGGGGGCCUCCACGCUCAACGGCAAAAUCUACCUGGUGGGGGGCUGGAAUGAGGUAGAGAAGAAGUACAAGAAGUGCAUCCAGUGCUAUAACCCAGAUAUCAAUGAAUGGGCUGAGGAAGACGAGCUGCCUGAAGCCACUGUGGGGGUGUCUUGCUGCACAAUAUCCAUGCCCAACACCAAGACGAGGGAGUCCAGGGCUAGCUCAGUCUCCUCUGUGCCAGUCAGUAUUUAA